UGUAAUUUGCAAAGCGAAACGAAAAUAGAGCCUGAUCUCAGGUUAACCAUGCGUGAAAGUUCCCUGCUGUUUUGCAUAUGCAACUGUGCCCAGUAUCGCCAUAUUUUUCUUCGUUAUCGUUUAAAAUGGCGACAAGAUGGUCAAAAUAUUUUUUCUUAUGCUCCUCUGGACUCAGUAUUUUUCUUCUUGCCGUGCUAACUUUUGACGACUUCUUACUAGGUAAGUUUUCAAAGCAAACAAUGAAAUCGUCCUUGCAAGUAAACAACACACAUUUGCUUGGAAGUAACAACUCACAACUCAUGCAACGAGAAAGGACAAAGACGCUUUUACUCAUCUACACUGUUUUUUUCGGGACGGCAAAGUGGAUAAGCGAUCGUGAUUGUGGAUUUGAAAACAAGUUUUUAUUUGCCGCAAAUAAAUGUCUCUCAGGUGAUUUCGAAUUGACCUACGACAAACAACGGCUUGAGGAAAGCGACUUAGUCGUGUUUCACGCUAGAAACAUGCCAAGUGUAGAUCAUCUAAGAACGCUGCUGAAAAACAGGUCCACUUCACAGCGCUGGGUAUAUGCUUUGUGGGAAAGUCCAAAUGCAACACCAAAUCCUGAUCCAUUAAACGGGCUGUUUAACUCAACGUGGACUUACAGAAGCGAUUCAGACUUCUGGUCGCCAUAUGGAAGUUACGAGGAACUGACUGAAGAAGAAAAAUUGAAUAAAGUAAGAAACAUACCGGACUAUUCCCAAGGAAAAACUGAACUUGUGGCUUGGAUGGUUGGUAAUUGUGGCGCUCAACCUCGAAUGGCAUUUGUCCAAAACCUGAAAAAAUACAUCAAGGUUGAUGUAUUUGGAAGGUGUUCAGGAAAAUUUGGGCAACAGAGAGGUUGUGGAAAUCAAACUGCUUGCCUGAAAACGUUUAAGUUUUAUCUGGCAUUCGAGAACGCUUUAUGUGAGGAUUACAUCUCUGAAAAAUAUUGGGGAAGGCUUGGUAAGACCCUCAAGUUUCUUCUUGCAUACACAAAGAGUGCAUUGCAUGGGCUUAUUCAUACUUAAGCAACGUCGGCGGCGACAGUGACGGCAACGAGAAUUGCAAACGCGGAAGACAAACAACUUUGCACAUCACGCUAUUUGUAUACAGUCGAAGCUUUCGUAAGCGACCACCUCGGGAAUUCGAAAGCUUACAGCUGAUUUCAGUGCUGUGUAUACACCCUGAUUUUUAGACAUGAUUCGACGGUCAUGAUUCGACCGUCAUGAUUCGACCGAGAGGUUACCAAGCAGCACAGUAUUUUACCUUGAAUAUCCUACAUCCCUACAGGAAUCAAAGCACACAAUCUGAAAGUUACUUUACAGCUGAUUUCAGUGCUGUGUAUACACCCUGAUUUUUAGACAUGAUUCGACGGUCAUGAUUCGACCGUCAUGAUUCGACCGAGAGGUUACCAAGCAGCACAGUAUUUUACCUUGAAUAUCCUACAUCCCUACAGGAAUCAAAGCACACAAUCUGAAAGUUACUUUCAUGAUAGCUUGAAUGUUUCUCUUGUAAUUCAGAAAAAGAGGACUGUGAUCCAUAAUUUGUUCUCCUCUCCAGACAACAGCCUCUCAUACAAGUCACGCAAUCUAAUCGCAAUACAUGUUAUCGUGCUUGUGGAAGUCUCGAUCAAUACGUUUUUCGGCUCUUUUCUCAACUUUUUUUGGGCUUCUACCUUGAUCUUUAAAGAAAUAUCAUAAUUUACCCUUUUUCAAUGAAAACAAAUGUUGCUUUCUUUUAUGUAUGGUUUUCUUUAUUUGUGCUUGACUAGGGUCAUAGGUCGAGGACCGCACAUUGUGAUAUUUUUCAAUGGUCGACAAAACAAAACUUUCAAACCCUCAAGCAAAUUCUUUCACAACGGCAGACUGAUCAAUUUAUCUGUUGAUUUCAUCUGCAAAACAUCAAGUUUUCCUGUCAUUUUUUAACCAUGCAGAAGCUAAGUAAGGACGAAAAAGUACCAACUUGAAGAAACACAAAUUUGCCAAAUUUACUGCGGGUGGUAUUCACCAACGGCGAAAUACCGAGACUUUUGUCAUACGGAAGAAGACUAAACGAUAAACCAUCGGACUAUUUCGCUUUUCGCCGUAUUGAUAAUAUUUCGUCCAUUAUGAAAUCGCCUACAGAAAUACAUUCGAACUCGGCAAUCGAACUCCAGGUUUAUCACUUGAUGACAUGUUAUCAUAAUUUCUGUAUCAUGUCGCCGCUUUCCAGGCAACAAAGCUUUCCUCUUCAGGUAAAACGCUUUUGCCGGGAUUCUAGCUUCGUAACACUUAUGUCCUUUAGUGCUAAGCUUUCCUUGCCAGCCAUAUUUUUCUCUCACUGUUUUGGAUCCCACGGCAGAACACUCAAUUAUUUUUGCAACCGUUUACUUGCUCCGAGGCGAUACGUCACGUGAUUAGUGUCGAAUCAUGACAGGUCGAAUCAUGACCGUCGAAUCAUGUCUGAAAAUCCGGGUGUAUACAUAGCAAUGAAAUCAGCUGUAAACUUUGUAAUGAAAAGCUCUGGUAAGCGACCGUUCCCGUAAGUGACCGCGAUCAUUUUUGGGAUUACCUAACCGGACUUUUCCUUUGUUUUUACAGCUGAUUUCAUUGCUAUGUAUACACCCGGAUUUUCAGACAUGAUUCGACGGUCAUGAUUCGACCUGUCAUGAUUCGACACUAAUCACGUGACGUAUCGCCUCGGAGCAAGUAAACGGUUGCAAAAAUAAUUGAGUGUUCUGCCGUGGGAUCCAAAACAGUGAGAGAAAAAUAUGGCUGGCAAGGAAAGCUUAGCACUAAAGGACAUAAGUGUUACGAAGCUAGAAUCCCGACAAAAGCGUUUUACCUGAAGAGGAAAGCUUUGUUGCCUGGAAAGCGGCGACAUGAUACAGAAAUUAUGAUAACAUGUCAUCAAGUGAUAAACCUGGAGUUCGAUUGCCGAGUUCGAAUGUAUUUCUGUAGGCGAUUUCAUAAUGGACGAAAUAUUAUCAAUACGGCGAAAAGCGAAAUAGUCCGAUGGUUUAUCGUUUAGUCUUCUUCCGUAUGACAAAAGUCUCGGUAUUUCGCCGUUGGUGAAUACCACCCGCAGUAAAUUUGGCAAAUUUGUGUUUCUUCAAGUUGGUACUUUUUCGUCCUUACUUAGCUUCUGCAUGGUUAAAAAAUGACAGGAAAACUUGAUGUUUUGCAGAUGAAAUCAACAGAUAAAUUGAUCAGUCUGCCGUUGUGAAAGAAUUUGCUUGAGAGUUUGAAAGUUUUGUUUUGUCGACCAUUGAAAAAUAUCACAAUGUGCGGUCCUCGACCUAUGACCCUAGUCAAGCACAAAUAAAGAAAACCAUACAUAAAAGAAAGCAACAUUUGUUUUCAUUGAAAAAGGGUAAAUUAUGAUAUUUCUUUAAAGAUCAAGGUAGAAGCCCAAAAAAAGUUGAGAAAAGAGCCGAAAAAAAACGUAUUGAUCGAGACUUCCACACGCACGAUAACAUGUAUUGCGAUUAGAUUGCGUGACUUGUAUGAGAGGCUGUUGUCUGGAAAGGAGAACAAAUUAUGGAUCACAGUCCUCUUUUUCUGAAUUACAAGAGAAAAAUUCAAGCUAUCAUUACAGCUGAUUUCAUUGCUAUGUAUGCACCCGGAUUUUCAGACAUGAUUCGACGGUCAUGAUUCGACCUGUCAUGAUUCGACACUAAUCACGUGACGUAUCGCCUCGGAGCAAGUAAACGGUUGCAAAAAUAAUUGAGUGUUCUGCCGUGGGAUCCAAAACAGUGAGAGAAAAAUAUGGCUGGCAAGGAAAGCUUAGCACUAAAGGACAUAAGUGUUACGAAGCUAGAAUCCCGGCAAAAGCGUUUUACCUGAAGAGGAAAGCUUUGUUGCCUGGAAAGCGGCGACAUGAUACAGAAAUUAUGAUAACAUGUCAUCAAGUGAUAAACCUGGAGUUCGAUUGCCGAGUUCGAAUGUAUUUCUGUAGGCGAUUUCAUAAUGGACGAAAUAUUAUCAAUACGGCGAAAAGCGAAAUAGUCCGAUGGUUUAUCGUUUAGUCUUCUUCCGUAUGACAAAAGUCUCGGUAUUUCGCCGUUGGUGAAUACCACCCGCAGUAAAUUUGGCAAAUUUGUGUUUCUUCAAGUUGGUACUUUUUCGUCCUUACUUAGCUUCUGCAUGGUUAAAAAAUGACAGGAAAACUUGAUGUUUUGCAGAUGAAAUCAACAGAUAAAUUGAUCAGUCUGCCGUUGUGAAAGAAUUUGCUUGAGAGUUUGAAAGUUUUGUUUUGUCGACCAUUGAAAAAUAUCACAAUGUGCGGUCCUCGACCUAUGACCCUAGUCAAGAACAAAUAAAGAAAACCAUACAUAAAAGAAAGCAACAUUUGUUUUCAUUGAAAAAGGGUAAAUUAUGAUAUUUCUUUAAAGAUCAAGGUAGAAGCCCAAAAAAAGUUGAGAAAAGAGCCGAAAAACGUAUUGAUCGAGACUUCCACACGCACGAUAACAUGUAUUGCGAUUAGAUUGCGUGACUUGUAUGAGAGGCUGUUGUCUGGAAAGGAGAACAAAUUAUGGAUCACAGUCCUCUUUUUCUGAAUUACAAGAGAAACCGUCAAGCUAUCAUUAAAGUAACUUUCAGAUUGUGUGCUUUGAUUCCUGUAGGGAUGUAGGAUAUUCAAGGUAAAAUACUGUGCUGCUUGGUAACCUCUCGGUCGAAUCAUGACGGUCGAAUCAUGACCGUCGAAUCAUGUCUAAAAAUCAGGGUGUAUACACAGCACUGAAAUCAGCUGUAAAGUAACUUUCAGAUUGUGUGCUUUGAUUCCUGUAGGGAUGUAGGAUAUUCAAGGUAAAAUACUGUGCUGCUUGGUAACCUCUCGGUCGAAUCAUGACGGUCGAAUCAUGACCGUCGAAUCAUGUCUAAAAAUCAGGGUGUAUACACAGCACUGAAAUCAGCUGUAAGGCCCGGUUCAGAUGCCGAACUUUUCAUGAGCCGAACCUAAUACAUUGAAUUAAGUACAUGAAAAGUUCGGCGUCUGAAUCAAUUACGAACGCCUGUUUCAAUUUGGAACGGCUAGGCCGUUCUUUUCGCCCAGCUCGGCCGGAAAUUUCGCCUUUGGAGCGACUUAGGAAAGGAUUUGAUUCAGACGCCGAACUUUUCAUGUACCGAACCUAAUGCAUAAAUUAUUUAUAUAACGUAUUUUGUAAGCAGUUUGACCGAAAUGAGCAUUUUUCGCCUUUUGAACUUAGUUCGGCUGCAAUUAAGAUCGGCGUCAGAAUCAAUUCAGCCGGUCUUAAUAAUAUGGGUCGGCCUUAAUUCGAAUUAGGUUCGGCUCAUGAAAAGUUCGGCGUCUGAACCGGGCCUAAGUCACAGUUCAAACUGGGUGUCACAAAGGUGGUCGCAAACAGAGCCUGUCGCUCACGAGAGUGGUCGCAAGGAGAGUUUCGACUGUAUUUCUCUUUUUUAGUUCUGUGCUUCGAUAUACAGAAUUUAACUCCAGAAAAAUUCGCAGCCAACAUUUGAAGAAUUGAACGAGAUCGAGUAAGAGCGAUGAGGUUUCAAACAGCAAGAUUUCCCUUAGUUUUUAAGUAAAAAUGUCGCCAUCGUUGCCGUCGUAGUUGCUAAAAUUCCCUAUAUUCUUUUUUUCAGUAGGAAACGAUGGUGAAUUUUAACGAUUUGAAGGGUUUUGCGUUAUAUAUUUUGAAACCUACCUGAGCGUAUCUGCGCAAUUAAAAAUUAGCCAUUUUCAGCUACAAGAAAGAGACCUUUUGAGUUUUCAGGCAAAAACACCUUUAUUUUUCUCUACCCAGUUUAAACAUACGAAGGGUCAAUCAGUUUGUAUGGGCUCGCUCUUGUUAAAAACUUGUUAGCUUAACAGCAUUUCAAAUUUCCCUUUUUUUCUGCUUUUUUGACUUUUUGGAUUUUGCAAGUACCGGUAUUUACCUUCGCUUUGACUAGACUACGAACCAUGAUACAGGCGCUUUAAUAUAGUAAAUAGUAUUUCAGCCAUGGGCAUCUGCCAUUUAAAUAUUGCUCAGCUUUGGUAGUUUUUUGAUCAUGAUUAGUUUAAUUUUUUUUAUUCCAGGUGAUAUGAAUGUCAUCCCAGUUGUGAUGGGAGGUGCUAAUUACUCCAAGCUGGCUAUUCCGAGGUCUUACAUCAAUGUUAUGGACUUCAAAACUGUUAAACAACUGGCAGAGUACCUUCAGUAUCUGGACAAAAAUAACACUGCUUAUAAUGAAUACUUUAAAUGGAGACUAAAAUACAAGGUGUUUCGCAGUAACCUUGAUUUAUCAAUGUGUCAAAUAUGUAAAUGGUAUGUUGCAAAAGCUCCGCUUGAACCCAAAGUUUACGAUGACCUCGGAACGCACUGGGUGAAGAAUGGACGAUGUAAUGAGAAAAACGAUCUAAUCGCAAAUAUGUGGAAGGAAGAAUAAUACCUCAGAAAUGGUCAUAUUAACAAUGUUACUACACAUUUACAGUCCUUUCACGUGCAAAGAAAUGUCACAAUCAUGACAUGCUUAGGUCAGCUGGAGAAGAUACUUUUUUAAAAUUUAGAAGAAACACUUUGUUGGAGUUUGCUUCACAGCCGUUCUCAGUGUGUCGUCAAGCAACGCUCCUCCCAACUAACGGGUUCUCAGCAGCUGUUUUCAGGGAGAAGCGUUGCGUGACGACAAAAAUGAACGGCUGGGAAGCAGACUUUUGAUACUUAAUUACUCUUCGCUUUUUUCAUAGCAGGGGCGUAACGAGUCAGGCGAUCAGAGGCGACUGUAUUCGCAGGGGAGUCUGUAUCGCGCCGAAAAGAUAACAACAACAACAACAUAAGCUUUAUUUGCAUGACUAUAAUUAUGUAGUUACAGUAUUGCAAAAGCUUUAAUAUAAAAAAACAAACAAACAAACAAACAAACAAAUCAUAACAAUGAUAAUGCAAUGAUGACUGUAGUCAAUCAAGUGUCAUCAGCAUGACUUGAUAACAAAUUAUUACGUAAAUCAUUACAUAAUGAGACAAAUUUCAACAAAUGUGAAUUUACGGAAAAAUUCUGUGAAUUCAUCAAUUUAAUUAUUAAUUCUGUGUAAGAUAGCUGAUCAAAAUCGACAAAAUUUUGUUGGAUUUGAUCUAGAAUUUCUCCCUUGGGAUUGAGUAUUUUGGACAAUGGAAGAGAAAAUGAAAUUCGUCUUCAAUUAUACCAGAGUUACAAAUAGGACAGAGUCUAUCGUUGCGGGAAGUUUGAUUAUAUCUUCCAGUUUCAAUCAUGAGUUUGUGGUUACUUAUACGAAUUUUCACUAAAUCUUUCCUAUUCGCAGAAUUUCUAAUUAAGUCUAGAUAACUUGAAAUUUUAUAAUCAUGUUUAAAUAAGCUGUAAAAUUGUAGUUUCUUAGAAUGAUGGAUUGUAUGUUGCCAAUAUGCAAUAUAUUUUUGUUUUAUUAUAUCUAUAUAGUGUUUGAUCUUAGCUUCACUUAAAUUAUUAGGAUCAAAAUCAGGGAGGUCAUAAUAUUCAGAUAUUUUGAUAAGAUUAUUGUAAAAGCUAUUUUUACCAUUACAGUGAAGUUCUAGCGAAGUACGAAAGGCUUGUUUAACAAUAGUAUCCUCGUUUUUACGCAGAAGAUACAAUAUGUAAUAAAGGAUGUUUUUAUAAAUAUUAAUAAUUAAUGGGAACCGUCCCAAUUCACUUCUACUUGCAACAUUUGAAGCUCUAUUGCUUAUUUCUAGGUAACGCUUGCAAAAUUUCAAGUGGGUUUUUUCAAUUGGGGUAUUGUCCCAAGCUUUAAAAUCAUGUUUUACAUAUACACCCCAAAUUUCGCUAUUAUAUGAUAAUAUCGGGGAAAUCAUCGUUUCAAAUAUUUUGCAAGCAAGAGAAGGUUUUAAUUUGCUAAAGUUUGUGUGUUUUCUUAAACUAAAAAAAAGAGCAUGAAGAGCCUUCUCCUUCAAGUGUUCGAGGGAGAUAUUAAAAUUACCGGUUGAGGAGAUACGGGUUCCUAAAUAUGUAUAUUCAUGGACAGUAUCAAUGGUUUCUUUACCUAUAUGGAAUUCUAGAUUGGAGUUUUUCUUCGCUCGUUUUUGAAAGACCAUAACUUUGGUCUUUUUUGGAAUUUAUAUCUAACAUCCAAGAGUUGCAAAAGAGGAUAAUGUGUUGAGACAGUUCUGCAAUCCGAUUUUAGAUCGUGAUAUAAUAAUUAAAUCAUCAGCAUAUAAAAGCGAAUUUAAUUUGGUACCAUUUGGAAGGAUGAUAGGGUCUGAUAAAGUAUUUUGAAAUGCGGACGGUAAGUUAUUAACGUAUAAAUUGAAAAGUAAGGGGCUUAAAAUACAGCCCUGGCGUACGCCCCGUGAGAAGCUAAAAGAUUUUGUUUGACUCGUACCUAUUUUCAAUGCACACGAAGAGUUUGAAUAUAGGUUUUGGAUUAACUUAUAGAAACAUCCCCCUACACCAAUUUGUAAUAAUUUAUAUAAAAGUCCGUCAUGCCAGACUGAGUCAAAGGCUUUUCUAAAGUCAACAAAACAAGCGUAUACUUUCUCACCGUGACAGUGUACGUACUUGUCUAUAAGAGUUCGUAAUGUUAGGAGGUGGUCUGAUGUUCGAUUUUUUAGGUAAGAAGCCGAUUUGAGACUUAUGGAGUAUGUUCAGCGAAGUGACGUGUUCAAGAAGUCUUUGGUUUAAAAUUGAAAAGAACAACUUUCCUAGACAACUAGAAACACAAAUCCCGCGGUAAUUUGAUGGGUCAUUUCUUACGCCAGAUUUAAAUAUGGGAGUUAUAAGACCGUUGCACCAAUUUUUAGGCACUGUUCCUAAGUUAAGAACAGUAUUAAAAAGUUUAUGGUAAACAGGUAGCAGUGUUGGUAAGCUAGCUUUAAUCAUUUCGUUUCUUAUUUUGUCGGAGUAUGCAGAUUUGUUAUUCUUUAAUUUUCUUGCUGCUUUGCUUAUUUCAGCUUCUGUUAUGAAGUAAUCUAGAGGUCGUGAUUGCAUUAAGACGUCUUCUCGUGUUCUUAACUCAUUGACAACUUUCUGUUGCUCAGAAGUAAGUGGCUUAUUAGAAUGUAGACACUGGAAAUAAUUCAUCCAAUUCUCUUCUGCAAUUGGUGGACUGUCUUUGUAUUUUAUAGUGUCAUCCAUUGAUUUUAAGCAAUUCCAAAAUUUUUUAGUAUCCAAAUUGUACGUUGUAUCCUCUAAUUCUGAGAGUUUAUUGUUGUAAUAUUCAUUUCUUUUAUGUGCGAGUAGUUUCUUAUACUGCUGUAAAACAAUAUGAUAUUUUUCACGUAGAGUGGUAUUUAAGGGAUCUCUGUGUUUUUCAUUUGACAAUUUCCUUAAUUCGUGUCUUUUUAAGCGACAUUCCUUAUCAAACCAUUUUUUAUUUGAGCGUGAAUAGGUGCGUUUACGUCGUCUCGUCGUUCUUAUCUUAAGGCAUCGUUUUGCCGUUGUGAUAAGAAUAUUUUCUACCUGUUCCGCGGAGGUGUUAACAUUUUUAGCUGAAUUGAUGUCAUUUAAAUAUUCGUGAAUUAUCAUUUGCAAAUUUGGAGAAUGAAGAGCUGCUUUGAAUUUUGGUGUAGAGUCACUUUCCCACAUAAAUUGUUUUGGUAAUCGUGUUAAAGUAUCACUCUCUGGUGAAGGAUCUUGAUUACGAAUAUCGGUGUCAGUGCAUAACCAGGUCACCAGUGGACUAUGAUCCGAUAAAUACGUGGGCUCUUUAACAAUAAAGUUUAGUAUGUGUGAAAAUAACGUUUGAUCACAUAUGGCAUAAUCAACGACACUUAUUCCAGCCUUUCCAUGAAAUGUGACUCUUCCUAAGGAGUCUCCACUAACUCUACCGUUAAGUAUUCUAAGAUCUGCGCUUCUGCAGAUUUCAAGAAGGCGUUUGCCGUGAUUGUUAAUGUUGUUGUCAAAACUAUUUCUAUGAGUGGAGCCUGAAGAAAGAUGGGACUGAUCAUUGGUAAUAAUGGUGUUUCCUUCUUGGCUUACACAAUCCGAAUAUUUUCCUGUUCUAGAAUUAAAGUCACCCAUGAGAAGAAUCGAUCCUUGAGAGUAAAAAGUUUCAAUGUCGUUUUCAAGAUCUUCAAACAUUUCAGGGAGAAAGUAUUUUGAGCCGUUAGGCGGAAUAUAGACGCCACAAACAUAAAUAUCUUUUGAGGUUUUUACGUACUGUUUGCUAAUUUUGAACCACAGAAAGUUCGAAGUUAUUUUUUCCAUUGAUACCCAAUUAUGGAGUUCAUUUUUGUAGAGUAAAGCAACUCCUCCUGAGUUGCGACCAUUGUUUCCUAAUUUUGAGGUACCUGAAACUACCGAUCGAUAUCCUGUCACAUCGAUAAUCGUCUCCUUCCAGGUCUCACAAAGAAUCACGAAAUCAAAUUGACAUAUCAAAUUAAAGGGGGGAAUUUCAUAUAUCCCAUGAUGCUUCGCGGCUAGCUUCUGUCUUCUCUUCGCGGUGGAAAGAGCGUUCGAGGGUUUCGAGGGAGAUUUUCAACGACCUGUAUUUCAAGAUGCAGCUCAUCCAAGGUAAGUUUCAAUGAGUCCUGUUAAUCUUUGGUAUCUGAUUGAUAAUGUAAAAUGUUUCGAAAGUCAUUUCACGCAUUAUUGCUCUCGUUUACCACCCUGUUAAACCACGCUGUUUUAACUCGCAAGUGAAUAUUUAUUUAGAUGACUUUCAAUUAUCGAAAACUGUCUUUAUUCUAGAAAGGUUUUGCCCCAAUAAAUUAUUUAAAUCGGCGGACAAGGGAUGCUUGAUAGUAAUUCCACCCUCCGACCUCUUUCGACCUCGCGAUUUUUAUGGGUUUGAUCGUUUUGAAAUAUCGCAUUUUCUGCCCUUUCUCCAAGAUGCAAGGCGAACGUUUCAGUUUCGUUAUGCUAAGUCCUGCGAAGAUGGGGCAUUUUUUCUUGAAUUCGCUCUUUUUUCGCUGAUCAAAACUCAAGUAUUAUCUCUUGAGGGUAUGAUGAGUGUUUAAAUUCACUGGUGUAUAGUAUUAAAGCUUUUUUGCCUCAUUAUUUUAGGUAAAAUAUUGGUUUCUCAUGGUGGCUUCCGGUCGCAACCGCGCGAGGCGAACUUGAAAUAUACAGGCCAGCAAAUGUCACGGAAUAGCACGCCGUAGGACCUCAACCGGCGUAUAAAACCUUUAAAGACAUUUUGAUAAUUCUUUUAGGAUCCAUUGUAAAGAGGAAGUGGGUGUUCUUGUAUAUAUAUUUUGCCAUUGCUUAAUAAAGCUUUUUUCUGUUUAUGUUUGACGAAUGCUUAGCUUCACUUAGCUGGUGUUGUGUUACGAAAAAUAUAGUGAUGUCUUUGUUAUUUUUAUCGUUUGUUGGAGCUAUUCCCUUCCUUUGAAUUUUAUCUCCGGUAGACGUCACUUUGUACUGUAACGGUCUCGGUAUUUUCGACAGCAUAAGCCGAGCUUGUUGAAGUAAACGCGGUCAACGAACGGUUGAUGUCCUGUAUCGAUGAAUUAUUGAACUGACAAUUAUAUGAGAACCGCGAUCACAAACAAGCAACAAAGAGAAAUCUCACACCUAGGAUAUGUAUUUACUUCGAGAUAAGUACGUAGAAAUCGCUUGUAAAUCCAUGGAGAGCUUUAUCAACGCACGUUAAUACAGGACGUACUGAAGCAAAGACCUUCCUCGCUUGCCUAUAAGAACAUUUGCGUGGACUGCCUUGCAGUCAGGGGCACCCAACGGAUCUGUUCCUCACAAUAUCUGUUCUACAGAGAAAAUUUUGCUGGCUGGGAACUGAGGUUUCGGCUGUUCUACUGAGAAGUAAAGUCUUAAAUCUGCGGUCAAGAAUUUAUCAAAUGUAUCAAAAAUUCUUGCUGGAGAUAUUAUAUCCCUCUGAUUUGUUAGAAAUUUUUCUUGGGUGUAUAUCCAGCUGGGUAUCAGGAGUAAUCGGCUCCUCUCAGGUGGCUCCUCUAUGUGCGCGAAUUGUGCGCGCUGAUUAUUUAUUUACCGCUGAUCAAAAAAUCUGCACGUGGGCACCGUUGUUAGAAAUUCGAAAUUAGGCUACGUUCCGCCACUGGAUAACUGGCAACGGUUCACUGGCGGUUAGGACGAUUCAUGAGAUUCAUGUUUAUGCAAAAGGUAAGGACCUAUUAAACAGCCUGAUGUAUUAUAUUCAAGUUGGACUGAAUAGGAUUCACAAAAGGUACAUCUAGGGAAGGCUUAGUGACGUUCCUUUUUCAUUACCAUUGUAGUUGUUGUUAUUCUUGGUUGACAAGCGAGAGAUAAGGCUGUGUGUUAUUUAUUUUGACCGUAUAUACUCGAAUCAGCGCCGCAAUUUCCAAGCAACCCUGCGGCGCUUAUUUGAAUACAGAUUUUUUUUUCUGCUGGCUCGUAAACAUGGAGAAGGCCACUCUGCUGGCUGGGAGAAUAGCCAUCUAACCUGCUGGGAGUGAGGAACAGAUAAAUUCUUUCCAGCAACACAGAAAAGCGCUUGAAAAUGCUUUAAAAGCAUCUAAAUUUUCGUUUUCUGUAGUUAACGGCUCAUUUUCAGAAAAAUGUUCGUUGGGUGCCCCUGUGCAGUUACAGUAGUUAACUAAUAAUAGGCGGCCAAACACUCUCUUUGACUUAACAAGAGAUAUAUUUGGAAUAGUAGAACGAAAAUCGUAAAUAGAUCGACACAGCAAAGGUACAGAAGGUUUUAUCGGCAAAACAAGUCGCUUUCCGCCGUUGUUCAACUGUAGCGUCCCUGUUGAACUGAUGGAUCACGUGCGUUCGAAAGCUUGAUAAUAUAGUAUGAAGCGAUGCAUCAUGGGAUAUAUGAAAUUCCCCCCUUUUAUCAAAUUCAAACAUUCAUUAUUUUGCAAUUUAUCACCAAGGGGUUUAGCAAAGAUCCCAUUGAUGUUCCACGAAAAGAACGACAGACUACCAGUCGGGCCGGAGCGAUUCGAGCAAUCUGCCAACAUUAAUGAUAUCUUAUGGCAUGUUCUAAUCGUAUCCUAGUAAAUAAUUAGGUAUUAUUUAGAGUAAGGAUUUAAUGAUUCUAAAAAAAGAUAUAAGUUCCUGAGGGAGUUCAACAUGAGAGUCUUUACCCUGGUGAGGUUUACUGUGCAUCUGCCAGCCUGUAGUGAAGUGAGGAGGUAUCUGUAGCGCGGGCGGUUGUUGCUGCCUUUGAAAGUGCGAGUACUGGUGGUUGUCCACCUCCCAGUUCAUAGGUUGCCGGGGGGGUCUUGGUUCACCGUGAGAGUGUAAUGGUGACGGGUGCUGCUUAAGGUCAGUGUUCUGAGGAUUCUUGACAGCAGCGCUGUAAGAACUGAAUUUACCACGGUGAUAUGGCGGCGGCGAGUGUGGCACUUGUUUCUGGAAAGGACGUGGUUGUUUAGCUCUACCGCGGAUUGUAUUCACUAGAUUAGCGGCAAAGAGACCAAUGGGGCGUUUCUUUAGAUGCCUUUCAUCAUGUAGUACAUCCUUUAAUUCUUUGGAGAAAAUAUUUUCAUGCAAUACGGCAUGUACGUCGGGUAAUUUGGAGCAUUCGCUGAUGAGCUGUCUAUUGAUUUGUAUAAGGGUUUGCAGAGGUAUAUCAGCACGUGGUAGAAGUGUUGAGAAUAUGAUUUUGCUCAUAGGGAAUUUACUUGCUGAUUCUUUGAUUAGGUUGCAAAACUCUGAGAUAAAAACAUGAAUCGAAGUUGUAGCUGUUAAAUCAUUUGUGCCCGUGUGAAUUAAAAUUAUUUCUGGGAUCUCGUGAAGAUCAUUUUGAAGAAUGGAUCGUGCAUUCUCGAGCCUGGGGCAUCUAAAAAACGUCAGUUCUUGAUUUGGCCGGAAGAGUUUCUUCUUAUCAAGGAAUUUGCCGUUUGAGUCACAUAAGAAAACCGCAGUGUUUGAUUUUACAGCACUAGGUGGAUGUGGUGGAUAAGAGGUGUUUACGAUUUUAACGUUAGGAGGUAGAUCGUCUUCAGAAGCUGGUUCGUUUCCAUUGUGAUUUGUCGUUAUGGUAUUUUCCUGAGUAGGAACCGAAGCUCUAUCAAUGUCAGGUUCAUUUCUGGUAAGUCUUGCAGCUGAUGACUGAAGAGGGGAGAAGCGAUUUUCGGUCGGGAUAUUAACGAGGAGCAAGGUUUCGUCUUCUGUUAAUGAUUUUUCUACAGUUUCUCCGUGAACACUCUCUGAGGUCGUUGAGUCACGAGAGAUCUCCUGAGCUGGUUCAGAGGUACCCGUGGAGUGGUCCCACAACAUACGGAGCGUGUUGCUCUUGUAACUGUGAAUUUGUUGCUAAGAGUUUGGCUUGUGUCUUUUGGAGAGACUGGUUUUCCUCUUGCAGUUUCUUGAUUAGAGUUGUUUGUUGUGAAACAAUAUCUUGGAAUGACGUCAUGUGGGAAGACAGCUCAGUCGAAACGUCUGCAGUUAAUUGUUUUUGAAGUUUCAAGAGAUUGUUUUGUUGCGUCAUUUUGUCCUUCAUCUGUUCAAUGUCACCAGAGCAUAUCAUUCUAAACUGGGUAAAGUCAACUUCCAGUUGUGCGAGUGUGUCUCUCAACGAGGAAAUUGUGCCUAAACGCUUCGGUGUAAUUUUGAGAGACUCGAGAACGAGGGGUGGAGUUCCGCCAUUUGCGAUGUCUACGCCUUGGCUCAAAGAUGGGAUGUCGUCAUCAGGAACAAAAUGGAUCGCAUUUCCAAAGAAGUUGUGAACAGAACCGGUAAAAAUUGAUUUAUCUUCCACUGAAGAGAUACUGGAAAAACUCUUCAGGGAGCUCAGUUGGUUUACAAUGUCCAGGAGAACCGGAAACUCAUGUUUACUCCAGUCUUCAUGGCCUUUUCCUUGUACAAGGAUUCUGCCCGUCGUUAUUGUAACGCCUUCCCAGUUGUUUUGUUUAACACGUGACCCGGUCACGCGCAUCCGGGUUUUCAGUUUUUUGUAAGCUCGACGAGAGAGCGGAGUGUUUUUGGCAACGUCGCCUAACGCAGUUCUUUAGGCUUCGCACGAAGCAUGUUGUAAUAGCCAUUACAGUCUUUGACGGUCCCUUCGGUCCGUUAACAUCUUGUGAACCAGCAUUAAACGGAACUAAGGAUCUUGUUAGACGUUUUGGUCAUUGUGGAGUGAACCUUUCAGAAUUUCUGCAACGCAUGUUGCCCUCGCGCCGCCUUCACCCAAAAGCGGUCGCUACAGUCAAAGACUCGUAUUUACCUCAAGGAACUUUGAAGACUCCUGUUUAAUCUGAGGAACUCCAACGAAUUGUAUUUACGCCGAGGAACUUUACCAUGGAUUCAGCAAAAUUCGAUGAUAAACACGAGGAUACCGGACUCGGGCUAACCUUCGUGUCGAGACCAGAGGAAUUUCUCAUCGAGAAGAGCGCAAAAAAACACACCUCAAGCCCAGCUCACGAAGAAAUCGUCGACUCAACAAAGACUGAGGUUAGCUCAUCUGUUAUUUUACCGGAUAAUGUGUCUUUACGUCCAAAAAUAGAGGAAAUUUCAUCGAUUACAAAUGCCGACAUUAUUGUCGAUUCGAGUAACACUAGGCCCAGGACCCUCACGGCCAAAGGGCGGGAAUACAAAUGUGGCUUGAAGAGAAGCGCUGCGAUAGAUAACGACCGUCAGUUUCGCUCUAAAUUAGACACUUUUAAAGAGCAAAUCCUCUCAGGCAAAGAUCCUAAGGAAAUUAAGGAAGAUAUUUCAGCUUUGAUCAAGGAGUUAGACAUUGUCUUACAAAGUUUUGACCAAUGGAUAGAGCUAUCAGAUGAUUCGGAUGAAACUCAUCAGGCCACAAGUAAACAAGCUUAUCUGCUUGACACAUGGAAAGCAGUUCAUGAUACAGCCGUGAAAGAAAUUGACAAAUUACAAAAUGUUGCAGCCUCUAUCACAUCUCAAAGGUCCCACCGUUCACGAGUCUCGAAAGGGUCGGGAUCAAGUAGAAGUUCUUGCAAGGAGACCCUGCUUGAAUUUCGAGCUAAGAGAGCAGCCCUAGAAGAAACGUUGAAGUUUUCAGCAGUUAUUGCCGAACAAAAACAGAAACUGGAACAGUUGAAAAUACAAAAAGAACUUGGAGAAGUCACUGCACAAGAGCAAGUCUACCAAAAAGCAAUGCAAGAAGAAAACUGUCUGCAGUCGCCUGCACUGCCGACAGAAACCUAUGAUCCAAUUUCCACCUUUAUUGCCAGCAAUAAUGCUGACGAAUAUACGUCUACACCGGGUGCGCCUGCUACAACGCUCUUUGACACUAGAACACCAGUGACUAAAGUGACAGUGACGUCAUCGUCCACACCACUUGACGUUGUAUCUGUAUCUUUGAAUCAAGGCCCUCAAGGAUCAACCAAUCGAAUCUCACACUCUACCACUGCAACCACCUUCAGCUUAAGAGGACAAGCUCCUCCAGUUUACACAUCGCCUGCGUGUACUAUGUCCCAAAUUGGACUCACACCUCCAAGAGGUUUUUGCGGAAAUUUUCCAGCGUUUGUACCAUCGUCAUAUACAGCCUACUCCCCUGCACCCCAAGAUUAUUCAGUGCAACUAACUGACACCCUAGCCAAGAUCAGUCAGCUACAACGCCUCCCUCAAGCCACGCCAGAUGUUUUUAAGGGUGAUGAGACUGACAAGACUAAAUUCUUCCUGUGGGAGAAUUCUUUUGAUAGUCUGAUUGAUUCAGCACCAGUGACAGCCCAACAGAAACUACACUUCUUGUACCAAUAUUUGGAUGGCAAAGCCAAAAAAGUGGUAGAGCAGCUUCAGUACUUAGUGCAGAACCCUGAAAGUGCGUAUCAACAAGCCCGCACAAUCCUCAAGGAACGUUUUGGCCACCCAGCAAUAAUCAGUACCAGUUUUCAGAAGAAAUUAACAACCUGGCCAAAGGUGGGACCGAACGAUGCAGCAGCCUUAGAAGAAUUCAGUGACUUCCUUCAACAGGUGAAGAUUGCAAGCGAACACAUUUUGAGUCUCCAAGUCCUUAAUUACCCGUCACAGAUUCAAAGUCUUGUCGAAAAGCUGCCAUCGUGGUUCAAGCCCAAAUGGUCUGAUAAAGUGCUGAAACUUCAGAAGAAAGAAGGCAAGGACACAUUCCCUUCAUUUGCAGACUUCGCUCAAGAAGUGCGUUACCACGCUGAGCGUGUCAACAUACCUCAAAUUGUUCAAGCUUCAGGUUCAAGUGGUACACCACAGACAGACCGUUUCAAACCUUUGAACCGCCAACCCCGCCUGCGUCCUCCAGCUGUUAAUCUGACCUCCACUUCACCCCCAGUAACAAUGGCGAGACAAAUGCUAAUCACGAAGAACCAAUAGAAAUCUCCAAUGUGCUUUCAACCCAUGCUCAGCAACCGGACACUACCAAAGCUACUGCGGCUAACACGUAUUGCUUCUAUCACAAGAUGAAGUCUCAUAGCAUGAACGAUUGCGAACAGUUUCAGAAAUUAGGAUACGAAGAACGCAGAGAUUUCCUAAUGAAAAACAAAGUCUGUCUCAAGUGUGUUAAUUCCAACAAACAUGUUGCCAGAGACUGCGAACAAGACAGGCUAGAUUGCAAGAUAUGUCGACAGAAACAUGCCACUGUACUGCAUGACCCAUCCAGGCACAAAGUGAUUAAUGCCAGUGAAGCGAGGUCUGCUUGCUCACGAGUCUGCAAUCAAGGGCAUUCUGCUCGUUCAUGCGCUAGAAUAGUUCUCGUCGAAGUCUUCCAUCAAGACAACCCUUCAGCAAGGAUGCUGACCUAUGCAGUUCUGGAUGACCAGUCAACAGAUGUCUUCAUCACAGACACUCUUCUCGACCAGUUGCAGGUCAAAGGCCAGGAAGUUAACCUCAAUAUCAGUACGAUUGCGGGCGUGAACACUGUGCGUACUCAGAAAGUAAACGGAUUGCACAUCAAGGACACAGACAGUCGACACAAUUCUAUUAGGAUUCCGUUUGCAUACUCACAAGAGAAAAUUCCAGCUAGCCAUCAGGACAUCGCCACGCCUAACAUUGCCCAACUCUGGCCGCACCUUAAGGAGAUCGCCCACCACAUCCACUAUCAUCCCGGAGUAGAGAUAGGAUUGUUAAUCGGUCGUAACAUCCCAUCUGCCUUUCAGCCAUUACACGUUAUAUACGGCAAAGACAAUGAGCCGUGGGCUGAAGAGUACAAGUUCGGCUGGACGAUCAUCGGUCCAGUUUGUCUAGACAACCAACAAGACAGUACGGCUUGUGCAACAGUUAACCGCAUCACCGUACGACGAGAAGAUUCUCACAACCUCUUCAAUGUUCCAACGAGCAACAGUUCCAGAGAAGAGGCCGUAGCCUCUUUCGCUUCCAAACAUCAAUCUAAGGAUGUCACUACGCCCCAGCAGAUAAGAGAAAUGAUGCAAUUGGAUUACAGUGAACUACAUCAUAGCCGAACCAUCCGAGGCACUGAGAACACCGAGUCUGUCGAGGACAGACGUUUCAAUGAUCUUCUUACCACAAGCAUCCAUACAAAUGAACUGGGCAAUUGGGAAAUGCCGCUACCACUGAGGACAGACAAGUUGAGUCUGCCGAACAACCGAGAACAAUGCCUAAACAGGCUACUAGGCAUAAAAAGAAAACUUCUCAAGAAUGGCAAGGUUUUGAAGCAAUAUACUGAGUUCAUGCAGAAAAUGUUUAACAAGAACCACGCCAGUCUCGUCCCAUCAGAUCAACUCAAGACUGCCACAGGAAAGGUGUGGUACUUGCCUCAUUUUGACAUUUAUCACCCCAAGAAACCUGACCAAAUUAGAAUCGUUUUCGACUGCAGUGCCAUCUUCCACAACGAGUCUCUCAACAAACAUCUGCUACAGGGCCCUGACAUGAUGAAUGCCCUCGUUGGUGUGCUCUCGCGGUUUCGAAAGGAAGAGACAGCAGUGACAUGCGACAUUGAACAGAUGUUUCAUAGUUUUCACGUCAGCCCGAACACAGAGACUUUCUACGAUUUCUGUGGUUCAAGGAUAACAACUUAGAGAGUCAAAUCGUAGAGUACAGCAUGAACGUCCACCUUUUCGGGGCAGUCUCCUCCCCAGGAGUUGCUAAUUUCGGUCUCAGAAUGACAGCAGAAGCCGGCAGAGAACAGUUUGGCAAUGAGGCCGCAGACUUCUUGAAGAACGACUUCUACGUAGAUGACGGGUUGAAAUCUUUCGCCACACCAGCUAAAGCAAUCAAUGUCAUCAAGAAUACCCAAGCCAUGUGCGCAGCAGUCAACCUACGCCUGCACAAGUUUGCCAGCAACAGUGAGACUGUGCUGGAAGCCUUACCUGCUGAAGAUCGUUCCAAGGACUUGAAGGACCUCGAUCUACGUCACGAUGUCUUACCUGUCCAACGAUCCUUAGGUACCUAUUGGUGCAUCCAGUCUGAUACCAUUGGAUUUCGAAUUGAGCUCAAGGACAAGCCUCUCACCCGUCGCGGAAUUCUAUCAACUGUGAGUUCAGUUUAUGAUCCGCUUGGUGUCAUUGCACCUGUCAUCUUAGUCGGAAAACAGUUGCUCCAAGAACUGUGCCGCGAAGGCAUCGACUGGGACGACCCAGUUCCUGCCCACAUCCGUUCACAAUGGGAAAAAUGGAGAUCCGAACUACCUCUUGUGGAGACGAUCAAGAUAGCAAGGUGUCUCAAGCCACCUGAUUUCGGCGAACCAGUUGCCGUGGAGUUACACAGCUUCUCCGAUGCCAGCAACACAGGCCUCGGCCAGGUAACCUACCUACGUCUUGUAAACAGUUCAGGCCAAGUACAUGUCAGCUUCCUGAUGGGCAAAGCUAGGGUCGCGCCACUAAAGCCAAUGUCAAUUCCACGCCUUGAACUGACCGCCGCCGUGGUUGCUACUAACGUAGCCUCCAUGCUCAGCCAAGAGCUUAACUACAGUAACCCAGUGAAAUUGUUUUACACGGACUCUUCCGUCGUUCUAGGGUACAUUCGAAAUGACGCGAGACGCUUCCAUACGUACGUCGGAAAUCGUGUUCAACACAUCCGCGACAGAUCAAACCCACAGCAGUGGCAUUACGUUAGCAGUCCGAACAACCCAGCUGAUAUCGCGUCAAGAGGUGCCACCACCAAAGAGCUUUCUGAACACGAACUAUGGUUCAAUGGCCCUGAAUUCCUAUGGGAAAGCGAAGUACCGGUGAUCAGCCUAGACCAAGUUGCGGAUCUACAACACGAAGACGUUGAAGUGAAGAAACCUAAGUCCACCGUCUGCAUUUCAAGCCAUGAAGAAACCAAAAGCGAGGAGAAGGAGAGCUCUCACAGUAUUCUAGAACCAGAACGCUUUCGCCAUUCAUCUUCCCUCAUUCGCCUAAAGAGGAGCAUUGUGCGCAUCCAGAGAAUGAUAGAACAGAGACGCCCUAACAGGCAGUUCAACACAAGGCCCAACACCGGCCCCCUUCAGUCGAAGAAUUACGCUUAGCAGAAGAAGUAAUUCUCAAGUCAGUUCAGUUCGAGCACUUCGGCAAGGAGAUCCAAAUCCUUCAAAAUGCCAACCACCAAGAUGGUAUGUUCCAGGAUCGCCACAGUGCUCAUACCAGGAACGAAACGAUCAAGAAGACAAGUUCUCUCUACAAACUGGACCCCUUCUUAGACAGCAAGGGAAUCCUCAGAAUUGGCGGACGACUCCUAAAAGCCGAAUUAGAUUAUGGCAUAAAACAUCCGAUCAUAUGUCCAAAGAAGAGUCACGUGACGAAUCUCCUCAUCCGACACUUUCACAGCAAAGAGCACCACCCAGGUUAUGGGAUGACCCACAACUCCAUCAGGCAAGCAGGUUAUUGGAUUGUGAACGGUCGUUCUGUUGUCUCCCAUCUCCUGUCAAGCUGUGCCAUUUGCCACAAAUUGCGCGGACGAGCACAAGUCCAAAAGAUGGCAAAUCUUCCUGAAGAACGUGUGACACAAGCACCGCCCUUUACCUACACGGGUAUGGACGUUUUCGGCCCAUGGUAUAUUAAGGAAGGCCGAAAGGAAUUGAAACGUUGGGGCAUCGUCUUCACGUGCCUCUCAUCCCGGGCGAUACACCUUGAAACCUUGAACACUAUGGAAACAAGUUCAUUCAUUAACGCGCUCAGAAGAUUCAUCAACAGAAGAGGCAAAGUGCGCCAACUAAGAUCAGAUCAAGGAAGCAACUUCAUCGGAGGAAGAAACGAGCUCAAUGCAGAGGUGAACACUGACACAGUGAAGAACUUCCUAUUAACACAAGAAUGCGACUUCAUCGAGUUCAAGAUGAAUUUCCCCAGCUCCUCACACAUGGGAGGUGUGUGGGAACGCAUGAUACGAACAGUACGCUCCUCUCUAUCUGGCCUCCUCGAAGAUCAGUCAACGCAGCUAGACGACGAAGGGUUACGUACUCUCUUCACUGAAGCCGAAAACCUCGUGAACAGCCGCCCGCUGACCACCGACAGCUUGUCAGACCCACAAGCACCUGAGCCGAUCACACCAAAUCACUUGCUCACUCUGAAGACGAAGGCAGUACUACCUCCGCCUGGCAACUUCUCUCGACCAGAUCUGUACACCAGAAAGAGAUGGCGCAGAGUUCAAUUCUUGGCUGACCAAUUCUGGCUCCGAUGGCAAAGAGAAUAUUGUCUACAGCAGCAAAAGCGUCAGAAGUGGAACAAGACCGUCCCUAACGUCCAAGUUGAUGAUAUUGUUCUGAUUUGCGAAGAUUCUUCCCAAGAAAUGAAUGGCCUCUCGCCAGAGUCACCCAAGUCUAUCCCAGUGAUGACGGACUCGUUCGCAAAGUCUCCCUCUUCUAUACUGAAUCCGGAAAUAAGAAGCUUCUGGAUAGACCCGUACACAAGUUAAUCCUUGUUCAUCGUCCGAAGGAAGAGACGACUGAUGCAAGUUACAGAAGGAAACUUCGAUAGACCGGAGUACGACCCCGUCGGGGAGCCAGCAGAAAGAAUUACCCUCUUGAACACUAAGAACACUAAGUUUAUUUUGACAUUUAUUUUAUUGUUAAGUCAUACAUUUCACAAUGUAUGGGGGAGCCAUGUAACGCCUUCCCAGUUGUUUUGUUUAACACGUGACCCGGUCACGCGCAUCCGGGUUUUCAGUUUUUUGUAAGCUCGACGAGAGAGCGGAGUGUUUUUGGCAACGUCGCCCAACGCAGUUCUUUAGGCUUCGCACGAAGCAUGUUGUAAUAGCCAUUACAGUCUUUGACGGUCCCUUCGGUCCGUUAACAUCUUGUGAACCAGCAUUAAACGGAACUAAGGAUCUUGUUAGACGUUUUGGUCAUUGUGGAGUGAACCUUUCAGAAUUUCUGCAACGCAUGUUGCCCUCGCGCCGCCUUCACCCAAAAGCGGUCGCUACAGUUAUAAAUACUGUUAUUGCCACUAAUAGCUCAUCAGAAGAGGCUGUUUCUUUAAGCAAAUUAAUGACUAUCUUAUCACAUUUUGAGGCAGAAUGAUUAUUGUCUUGCUCUUUCCAAAUUACCUUGUAUCCAGAGGCAUUUCCGGUCAAUAGGCUGUGAUAUCUUUGUCCGAAGGUAGUAAUCCAAUGUAAUAGUCGACAUUCGGAGGUGGUGAAUCCUAAGCAUUUCGCUGAAGGCUUGUGUACAGAUAGAUCAAUGGAUUCGUAAGGAACUUGCUUUGAUUUUGCUGUCGGCGGGUGGAAUUUAUCGACCAUGUAUCUAUUCAGGUCAUCACUCGGUUGCGUAAGAUACACGUGUGAGGAUUUCGAGUCGUUUUUAACUUCAUCGCACGCAUCUUCAUCCUCAAUUAGGUCAUUCUCGAGGUCUUCUUUCAUUUCGAUUUUUGUCUCUAAGUUAUUCACUAGGAUAGAGAAGAAAUUAAGCCCAAAAAGAGCUAGUGAAUGCCUCUCAAAGAGAGAGACAUGUUCACCCUGAUACCUGCAACGACUAAAAAAUAAAAAGUCUACAAAAAGCCCCGUGAUAAAAGUCUACAGGUGCCCUGUGACUCUGACCAUGCGCAUUGGCCAUUAGCCUGUUCCAGGUGCAGAAUUUUAACUUAAAAUUACCCGUUCAAAUUCCCCACGCCAGCCAGGUAAAUAGUAUUUCUGACAGUGUAGUGUAAUGGAACAGACCCUAAUAGCUAUUUUGCCGGCACGAACCAGAGGACUAGGUCGGCUAGGUGGAAUUGUGGGUAGCCUUCUGAGAUAUGUUUGGUUGUCCUUGCAAAUUCGAAUCAGUCUAGGUCAGCAUUCAUUCCGGACACCUAAUUCUUAUUUUAUUUGUCAAUUUUUGUUGUAUUUACUUGUAGGCAUUUGGCAGUCGUUUGUUUUCGUGUACCUCUGCCCCCGAGUUGAUGACAAC